AUGUAUCAUAUUGUGGUUCUGCGCAGGAGCUGGCUGUCAGGCUCCAGCGACGAGGAGGGGAGCCUGUCGGAGGGGCGUGUCCCCUCUGCGCCCUCCUCGGACAGCGGCGCCACCAGCCUGCUGGACACGGUGCUGCUGGCGGAGUGGGAGGACCGCGCGGAGCAGGGCCUUUUCCGCUACGAUGUCACCGCGUGCCCCACCAAAGUCGUGCCCGGCGCCUACGGCUUUGUCGCCCAGUUCAACGAGGGCCGCGGCUCCAAGAAGCGCCCCACCGAGUUCUGCGUUGACCAGGUGGUGCAGCGCUUCGACAACGGCAAGUUCAAUUUCACCAAGGCGCUGCAGAAGGAGGUGCUGUUCCAGUUUGAGGCGGCGGACAUGUCCUCCAAGGGGUCGGCCUUCCUGCCCCUGGCGCCGGUGUCGGGGUCGCCCAACCUGGUCUUCAUCAACGUGAGCCCCAUCGAGUACGGGCAUGUGCUGCUCGUCCCGCGCGCUCUAGACCGCCUGAACCAGCUGGUGCAGCCGGACACGCUCAAGCUGGCGCUGCAGUUCGCGCACGAGGCGGCCAACCCGUACUUUCGCCUCGCCUUCAACUCCCUGGGGGCCUACGGCACCGUCAACCACCUCCACUUCCAGGCGUACUACAUGGCUGCACCAUUCGCUGUAGAGCGUGCGCCGACCGUUGACUUGUGCUGCCUGAGGAAGUACCGCCACGUGCGCGUGGCCAUGCUCGCAGACUACCCGGUGUGCGGGUUGGUGUUUGAGGCGAGCGACUCGAUCGAUGAGCUGGCGUCGGUGGUGGGAGAGGCGUGCCAGCGGCUGAGCGCAGCCAACAUCCCUCACAACCUGUUUGUGGUGGACUGCGGCCAGCGCAUCUUCCUCUUCCCCAACGCAUUCGCCCGCGCCAAGGCAAAAGGCCUGGUGCCCGAGGAUUUGUUGGACAGCCAGGUUGACCCAGCUGCGUUUGAGAUCAGCGGUCACAUCAUCUACAAGCGCAGCCAGGACUAUGAGCAUGUCAGCCAGGACGCCGUGUGGCGUCUGCUGUCCUAUGCCUCAUACUCAGAAGCAGAUGUUCUGGAAAUGGCGCGCAAGGUGCUGGCAGUGUAG